AUGUUGUUUGGAAGAAAUACUAACACUCCAGCAGAUAGUGAAACACAAGGCGACACCCACAUCAGUGAAACACAACCAGAUUACAUUGACGUUGAUGAUGAAGGAAAGGAUGCCAGCAGACCACUUUUAGAAGAAGUUACAUUCAAUGGUGCAGGAAACAACAAAAAUUUUGGAGAUCUAAACAGUCGGUUUGUAACCGCUGGAAAACCGCCGACAUUAAAAGAUGUCCAGUCAUGGUUAGAGAUCAAUAGAAGCGAGAAAUUCUUAGGAAGAAGGAAACGCAUUGAAAGAUCAUUUGGCAUAUUAGAGAGGGAUGGGGUGGACUUGAAGAUAGUUCGAGGAUUAUGUGCCAACGGAAUCCCUUUCAAUGUUUUACACAACCCGCAAUUCAUUGAAAUGAUUAGUGUUAUCAAGAAUGCACCGGAUGGAUACAAACCCCCAUCAUGUGAAAAAGCAAGAAUCGUAUUACAUGAUGAAUGUGUUAGGGACGUUGAAAAGGAGCUUAUACCAAUUAAGGAAACGUGGAUCACACAAGGAGUCUCAAUAGUCUCGGAUGGGUGUUCUAAUGUGAAACAUAAACCACUUAUCAAUGUCCUUGCGUUUAAUUCCCAUGUUGCAACGUUCAUGUACGCGGAAGACUUUUCGGGGGUUGAAAAAUCGGGGGUAGAAAUUUCAAAGUUUCUACUUGGAGCCAUCGAUAAUAUUGGACCAAGUAAUAUGUUACAAGUUGUAACCGAUAACGUGGCUAAUUGCAAGGCUGCCAGGCGGGAGAUCGAAAGGAUGCACAAACAUAUUUUUUGGUCCCCUUGUUGCGUGCACACCUUAAAUCUCAUUUUUAAAGACUUGGCGAAGGAGUUUUAUUGGCUAGCGGAGACAUAUAUGAGAGGCAAAGGUAUUGUCAAGUAUUUUAUUAACCACACACAUGCAUUAUCAUUUUGUAGGGAAAACUCAACACUAGAGUUAUUGAAAGUUGCAAAAACGUGUUUUGCCCCACAUUAUAUAGUUUUGAAAAGAUUAAUUGAGUGUAGGGAGGCUCUUUCUACAACAAUUGUUCUUAAUUUGUGGCGAGAAUGGGUCAAAAAUGCAGACGAACCCACUCGAAUAGUUAAGGCAAAAAUCAUCGAUACAAUUAAAGAUGAUGAGUUUUGGGACGAUGUUAAAAAUAUAUUGGCUAUUACAAAACCAAUAUUUUUGCUAUUAAAAUUUUAUGAUGGUGAAGGUCCCAAAAUGGGAGAGAUUUAUGAAAGGAUGGACAACAUGCUCGGUGAAAUCAAGGAUGUCAUAAGGGAAAAUAAAUAUGCAAGUUAUUACCCUCAAGUUGAAAAAAUUCUUUUGGAUAGGUGGGAGAAGAUGACAAUCCCUCUUCAUUGUUUGGAAUUUGCCUUAAAUCCAAAAUACUAUGAUAAAUACUGCCUAGCAAAAUUGGCACCCGUGGCAUGA